UCGAUUUCCAGGGCAAAGGAAGAGCUCGGUUUGGAUGAAGCGCAAGGGCUUCAUCGCGGAGGGCGAUGUGACGCUGCUGCUCAAGAGGUAUGAUUCUAGCACGAUCCUGUCGCUGCUGUACGAGGUCUCCAAGCAAGCCGGCGGGCGCGUGAGCUGGGACGAGAUCGUCAAGGAUUCCAAUACCGGGAUCAAGAAUGCGCGCGAGUACCAGGCACUGUGGCGGCAUCUCGCCUAUCGCAAGGAGCUCGAUCCCGACGGAGAAGAGCUCCCUUUGGAGGACGAUGACAGUGAUCUGGAAUUCGAUGUCGAGGCUUUCCCGAGCGUCUCUUCGGAAGCAUCAGCUGAUGCUGCAAGCUAUGUCAAUGCUUUGAUGGGGUUCUCCACAGACAUAGCGUUUGCGAAUGCCGACUCGACUGCGUUGGGCCUCACGUCCAUAUAUCCUGGCUUUUCGAGCGCUCAAGCUGCGGGCUUGGAUUCAUACCGGACGAAGCGCAAGCCUUGGACGGCACAAGAGGACGAGGAGCUUGUUUCCGGCGUGGAAAAGUAUGGAGAGGGGAACUGGGCUGCCAUUGUCAAAAGCGUCUUCAAACACGAGAGGACUGCGACACAGCUAGCGCAACGGUGGGCGCUGAUAAAGAGGCGACGCGAGACUACUGCUCCUCCACCAGCUAUUGCAGCUCCAGCGAGACAGGGACCAGGACAACAGUGCGAACAAGGCCUGAAAAAGCCAAAGGUUCUUUCGGAGCUUUGUGAGCAGAACGGAAUCCCGGGGCUUCCCGUGCAUCCCGUGGUACCUCCGCCAACGAGUCUACCAAAGCAAUUACAAUCGACACAAGUGCGGACGGAAAAAGCAAGCGUUACGAUGCCGAGAAAGCUCACAUCUCCAACUCCAGCUGUUUGCCGGACAAGUUUACCGAGCCCGAGCACCACGCCAGCCAAGCCCAAGCCUACGGCUCUAGUGACUACCAACGCUCAAAAGCUCUCGGUUGUGACAAACCAACAAGUUACGUGCGUUUCAUCGGUACAGGUCUCACCACCACCGUCGGUGUCACAGUCGCCGGCAGUAAAACCAAGUAAUCUAGCUCGGACGAACUCCAUGCCCAACCGGGCUCUUCUGGGACCCGAUCCAAUGGUUCAAGCAGCAGCUGUUGCGGCUGGAGCACGGAUAGCUCCUGCGUCCGCCGCGGCAUCUUUCAUGAAGGCGAAAAAUGUGGUUCACAUUCGCCCGCCAACAAUACUCAGCUCACCGAGCACACCCAAGCCAAACAUGAAGAACAGCUCGGGAGGAAGAGCUUCUCCGGUUGUGCACUACAUCCGGACUGGUUCCGGCGCCCCGCCACCGAUUCUGCCAUCCUUGAGCGCGAAGAGGUCAACGAAAGCAGCAUCAGCAGCGAAAAACUCCACCGCCAGCAAGCUGAACUUGAAGAACACCAUGAGCAGGCUGGCGGUGAACAGCAGCUCCAGGGACCAGGCAUUGGAAGCGAGCAAAAAGAGGAAGAUCAUCGUGGCAAGGGAGAACAAUGGGACGCUAAACAGCCAUGUCAGCUCGUGGUACGAGGUGCUGGAGGAGACGAGCGGCGGAGCCGAUACCAAGAGCUCGCCGCCGGCGACGAUGGCGGUGGUGGAUGUGGACUCGGAUACCGACGAGGUGACCGUGGGAAUGGGGGCAAUGGUUUGCACUUCGAGCAACGAGUCGUUCAGCCAGAGCGCUUUCGGUGGAGCAGUAACACCAAACGGUGCGUCUCCGCUCUCGCAGAGCUCGGGUGGCCUGUCGGAGUGAAAGCGAUGCCAAGGUUUUUGACAUGGAGGAGGCUCUUAGUUUCUAGUUUAGGUGGAUAGUAGAAACACAGGAGGAACAGGGAGGGGGCGACUGAAAAGCCACAGCUUUAACUACAAACGAAGAGCAGCAGCAGCAGUGAUCGAGGCAAACAAAGUCCGUGUCACAGAUCCGAUGCGCGGCUUUAAAAACGAAACGAUAAGGAUGAGAAACUCCCCGAGAAGAUGGGAUUUCUCUCACGCUCACAGCUCACUGUUCUCGAUUGGCAUUCCAACAGGGACAGGGUCAAGCAGCGGCGAUCAAACUUUUUGAAACCUCGCGUAAGUAAAAAAAAAAAAGUGGAAGACGUGUUUCACUACAGAACACACCACUCUUGCCAAACCAGACGAUUGAUAUCUUAACGAAGUGGAGAUUACGGAGA